AACAAACAAACAAAUGUUAUCCAGAGCGACAUAGCGUAAAUAUGUCUCUCACCUGUAAAGAUAAAAAGAAAUAACUGAAGUUAUUAGGUCAGGUGAUAGCAUGAGAAGUUAAAGUGGCGGUGGUAUACAGACAGGUUAGUUUAGUUUAGUUUUGUUAGCUAGCUCGCUAGUUGUGUGUAAAGAACGACGAUAUUAUAGGAUGUUUGAUCGAAUUUUGUUUCCUUAUAAUUUUCCCUCUCUCUGUUUCUGUAACGGGAAAUGACCGAGAAAAUAUGUUAUAAUUUUUUUUAUUCAUUAAUGAACAUUACACUUAUAGUAGGAGCAGGAAAUAUGAACAUUACGAUUAUAGUAAAGAGCAGGAUAUUGACCGAGCGGUAUAAGGACAUAUCUAAAAUAUUUGAAAUAGUCACCUACUAAGGUAACAUUCAUCCACAGGUGGUUUUGAAGGCACAUAUACUUGAAAGGGAUAGCUUGAACUUCCGCUGGUGACUACAUCGAGGAGACUAAAUUUUGACAACUUUUAAUGUGUUAUUACAUUUAAUUAUCAUCAAAAACGGUAACAAUAAAAACAAAUUAUCGAGAAGAACAAAACACUCCGGAAAUACGCAGCAUUAAAUAGGAUCUUAAGAUUUUAAAUCGUAAAAUUUUUCCAAAGAAAUUUUUAAAAUCUUGUAAAUAAAAACAUGUAAAUAUAUAUAUAUAUACCCGAACGUAUUAAUUUGGAUUUACAGCGUCGUUUUCCGAAGUUAAUUGGUAUUUCUAUUGUGGACUGUGGAAGGAUGGAUACUGUACCAAUAUGUUAUCUUGUUCUUCUUAUGAAAUGAAACUUACCCAAUUAGAUGGCUCUACACUGGAGAAAAACACUAUUUUCUGCAGACAUGGAAUACCAAUGCCUUAAGUAUUCACUGGAUGAAUCUUACUUUUAAUAUAAUAUAUAUUAAUAUAUAUAUAUAUAUAAAUAUAUGUAUAUAUAUUAAUAUAUAUAAAUAUAUAUAUUAAUAUAUUGGUAUAUAUAUUAAUAUAUUGAUAUAUAUAUAUUGUGUAUAUUAUUUAGAUAUUAUAUAUUAUAUUAUAUUAAUAUACAUAUAUAUAUUUUCUUAAUAUUCUAUAUUUCAACCUUUUGUUAACUGAAAUGGAUGGCUUAUGUAUCAGUUAACUAACUGAUUAUCAAAGAUUUUAGAGAAAUUAUUAAAAUUUAAAUAAAUAUUUUUUGUUAUUUAAAUCUAAUUUCAUACUGUUUAGAAAAAAAAAAGGAAGAAAAGGAAAACAGAAAUUGUUAUCAAUGUUAUUUAUCACAAUUUAUUAUAUCUAUUAAUAUUGCCAAUACACACACACACACACACACACACACAUAUAUAUAUAUAUAUAAAGUUGAGUGUGAUAAUUAAAAGAACCCUGAAAAUGGAGCAUUUUGACUUAGUAGCCGAAAUUGCUGUUGUGGAGAAAAUGUCUCCUGUUGAAAGACUGGUCCAUGCUAGAAAGAGACGGGCUUACCAGUUAAAACAAUAUCGACGCUAUGAGAAGAAAAUGGAUAAAGAAUUUGCCAAGAAAAGGAAACCAAAUAGCUACAGUAGUUCUAAGAAAUUGGCAAAACCUUUCAAGAGAGGUGUGGAUUUUGCUGAUAAUAUUAAAUUAUUGGAGGCUGCAGCUCGUAAUGAUAUUGAAGAAGUUCAAGAGCUGCUAAUGAAUAGUGUCAACCCUGAUUUGACUAACGAAGAUGGAUUAACUGCACUUCAUCAGUGUUGUAUUGAUGAAAGUAAGAAGCUGAUGCAACUCCUGCUUGAUUUUGGUGCUAACAUAAAUGCACGCGACAGUGAACUUUGGACACCAAUGCAUGCUGCGGCAACGUGUGGGCACAUUCGUCUGUGUGAGAUUCUCAUACAAUACAAUGCUGACCUCUUGGCUGUGAAUGCUGAUGGUAAUAUGCCAUACGAUAUCUGUGAUGAUGAAGACACCUUGGAUUUGAUAGAAAAUGAAAUGGCGAGAAAAGGAAUCACCCAAGAAGAAAUUGAUGAAACCAGAGAUGCCAAAGAGAGAAAAAUGUAUAACGAUUUGGUGGAAUAUGUAAAGCAAGGCAAGAAUCUGCAGGAUAUUAGGGAUCACAAUGGUGUCACUCCACUCCACAUAGCAGCAGCCAAUGGCUACUUAGAAGUUGCUAAAUAUUUACUCGACCACAAGGUACCUGUGAAUUCCCGUGAUGAUGAAUCCUGGGAACCUAUACAUGCUGCUGCUUGUUGGCAAGAGUCUUUGAUGCUGGAUCUUUUGGUAGAAUACGGCGCUGAUAUAGAUUCAAAAACCAAGAAAAAUGAUACUCCAUUUGACAUCUGUGAUGAUCCUGAUAUCAAACAAAAAAUUCUUGAUAUGAAAGACGAGCAAGAAAAUCAGAAAAGAAGGUCUUCGGGAUCCGUACGUAAGACUAGCCGACCAAAUAACCGUAGCUCCUCUUCUUCCCCUACGAAUUGCUUGCUUACCUCAAACAAUUCCUUCUCGGACAAAGCCUUAUUUCGUGCAUCUUUACGCCGCAGCAGCAUGAGAGGUGAGAAGAGUGCCUUAUUCAUGAAGGAAGCUAAAGAAGAAGCAGCUCAUUUUGGUGUGAUAGACCUAAAUUCUUCCAACCAUAUUGCUGAGGAAGAUGACGAUGAUGAUGAUGAAGAGGAUGACUAUUUAGGUGUGACUAGUGUUGACGACGUAGAACUGAUAAUGGACGAUAUGAAAGAAAACAAUGUUCCCCAGUUGCCUGACUUGGUCUCUCAGAAAUCUUACCAAAAUGGUGACACAACGAAUGAGUGUAAUCGGCUGAAAUCUUCUGACAGUUUCCACUCCAAAAUAUCUGAGGUUGUUCUAAUGACUCAAAAAUCCAGAUCACAAGGAAGAGACUCACCAACUGUUACUUCUUCGUCAAACAGAAACAAACCAACUGUUACAUCUCCGUCAAAUACCCCACGUCAAACACCUCUUACGAAUUCAAAGGAAAGUAUAAAUAGUAGUAGAAAUUCAUUAAAAGACUCAAAGAAAUCAAUUCCUUUAGAGACAAAUAUAGAUCAUGCAAUUAAGCGAGUAGGUCCAACAUCCCCUGAUGUUUCAGCUCUAGCUAAAAGAUUCAACUCAAUGUCUUCUUACACAAAUGAUAGCAAACCUUUGGAAACAGUUCUUGGAAGACCAGUUGCAAAUUCCGGGCUAAAUUCCAACCAAAGUUCUAAAACAUCAUUGAAAGAGAAUAGAAACCCAUCUGCUGAGGUUUCUCAAAGAAAGAAUAACAGUAACAACACUGCUGCCAAUCAGAGUUUGGAGAAUUCUUCAAAUGCCAACUGGACGCUUCAGGUGAAUAAAUCUGCCAGUAAUUCACUUAAACGACAGUCAAAUAACAAAAUGGUUAACGGCGCCGAGUUGAAAGAAAAAUCUUUGUCUCAGUCAAGCAAAAGAGCAGCCCCUGUGAAAACACCUGCUGCUCCAUCGGACGUAUCUCAGAGUAUGAAAGCACCCAUUCCAGCAAGUCGCUCGGCGGCAUCAAAAUCCUCUAAUAUUUCGACACCCACUUUAAGUAACUCACGUUUAAAAGAUGACAGACAUGGUAAUAAUGUGAAGGGUCCAACAAAUUCUGCUGCAGCUUCAAGUAAAGCAUCGAAUUUCGCGACAAGCUCCACCUCGAGACCGAUAGAUGUUCGAAUUCCUUUUAGAAACACUGAUGACAAUGCGAACACUCAGUUCGAGGAAGGUGGAGGGAAGGAUUCCAUGAGAAAAGAAACAGAUUCGAAAUCGGUGCAUCUUGAAGAAAAAUUACCUGCUAACAUUCCAAAUGAGCUAGACAAUUCUUCCAGACCCAUACCUACAUCAGAUACUGAGGGUACACCUGCUGCGGCAAAAGGGUUGCCCCAGCUAGAGCAACGGUAUCCAACAAAUAGAACAGCUGGCUGUACAUUAAGUGAUCUGAAACGUCAAAGACAGGCCAACUACAAUCGCCGUGGUAGCAAUGGGAGUGGAGCUAGUAUGGAGAGGCUUGCGCUGACUGGAGAAAACACCAAGACGAUCUUAUCGAAUUUACCUAGUAAUUCUUCUGUCCAUAUGCAAUCAAACUGGCAGGAAAGGCAUGAUUCUCCAGCGUUAUCCAGCAAAUUUCCAGCUCAUGCUCCCAGUAGUGCUGCCCCGGCCCCGGCUACAAUAGGAAAUUACAGUACUUGGUCAUCUUCUAUGUCAAAUGGAAAUGACACUAUUUCUAAAUACUCAGCACCAUCAACCGUUCAGGUUGUGGGAGAUGAGGAGAAGAAGUGCUGUUGUGUAAUUAUGUAAUUAUAUGGAAACGGGGAAAGAAAAAUGGUAUAAAAAAAAAAAAAAAAAAAAAACCCUAAAAACAGAAAAAAAUUUUUUUUUACUAUUGAAAACAAUGGAAAAGGAAAAAGAAACUGUCUUACUUUGAAUUCCCACCUCACUUUUACUUACACACAUGUACACACAUUUGUUCUUGUACAAAGCAUAAAUAAUAUUCCUCUUGUUUAAUUUGUAAUUUUAUUUUUCUACACCUUAUCUUUAGGCAUCUGAUUAUUCUGUCCCCUAUUUUGACCGCUCUAAGAUUCCUUCAUUAACCGCUUUUUUCCAUUUCUUUUGUAUCCUUUGCACUUCCAAAAAAAAUCCUAAGAGUAUAACAAUAGUAACAAUAAACAAAACACUAGAAAUAUUAUUUCUAUUACAAUGUUCUGCACCUCUUGCAAAAAAAAAAAGGAAAAUAUAAUUAAAAACAACUAUACAUUCUACUAUUUUUAAUCUAUUACAGUCUGUUAGCAAAUUUCUUAGUAUUUAAUUUAUCUAAAACCUAAGUUAAAUUUCGGUCUCCUUAAUUUUUUUUUUUACAUAUUUUAAGGUGAUUCUUGGAUUUCAUUUUCCUGUAUUUUUUGUUUUUUUUUUGAGUGGUUGAAGAUUCCGUGUGUGGAGGUGGGGUUUUGAGUAAAUCAGAAGAGACUAGAGAUUAAAGGAAGAAUUAAUUUUAGGAUGUCCCUCUUCUCAAGUGGAAGCAGUUUUUUUUUUUAUCAAUUGUUGUUAAACUUCUUAAAUCAGUUUGUCUAAUACUUAAGUGUGAUUUAAUUCUUAACAUGUGAAUAACGAACUUCUCUCUGUUUCAUAAUCGAUUAAAUCUUCUAUCAUUUUAAAUUAAGAACAUUUUUAUUUUUGUAAUUCUUUAAUUAAAAUAAACGAUAAAAUUUUU